GUAAUAACAAUUAAUUUCCAGCAGCCUUUCCCAACGGAGUCCAUAUUCGGCGACCUCCCGGCUCCUCCGACUGAGGCAAGCGAGAGGCCCAACGUGAACUCCAGCGACCCUCUCAACUUCGAUCCUUUCGGCCUCAACGACCCUCUGCCCAAGCAAGAGCCGCUGCUAACGCCACAACAAAUCAAGGACGAAGGGCGACCGCACAGUGUGCCGCUAGAACAAGCGCAGCCAGCCAAGAAGGACCCCUUUGCCGACCUGGGCGUACUUGGCGCGGCGCCACCGGUGGCUCCCGGCUCCGUGUCCAUGGGCGCCUCGCCCGCCCAUACUCCCGCGCACCAGCCCGACUACAGCCGUCAGCACUUCGAGCCAGCCAAGACGCCAGCGGACGAGAAACCCAAGAAGUCUGGGGACGUAUUCGGCGAUUUACUCGGCAGCCAAGGGUACGACUUCGCCAAGCGCGAGGCUGGGCCUAAGACCAUGAACGCUAUGAAGCGCGAGGAGGUGGCCAAGGAUAUGGACCCGGAGAAACUCAAGAUUCGGGAUUGGACGGAAGGCAAGAAAGCGAACAUUCGCGCUCUCCUCUGCUCGCUCCACACGGUGGUGUGGGAUGACUGCCGCUGGACGCGUUGUGACAUGUCGCAGCUCGUCACGCCCGACCACGUCAAGCGGAACUAUAGGAAGGCCUGCCUCGCUGUGCACCCUGAUAAGCAAAUGGGCACUCCCAAUGAGAACAUAGCAAAGAUGAUAUUCAUGGAGCUAAACAACGCGUGGAGCGACUUCGAAAACGACGCGAAGCAGCAGAACUUGUUCCAGUAAACCACUUUACUCCGUUUGUAUGACACUUUGUCAGUUGUUAUUUAGGACCGAGCUUCAAUCAUUAAACUUGAUCAAAGUGAAAAUUAUAGCAAGAAUGUUGAAUAUACUGGAGUCGUUUUAAAAAGUGAUUGAACUAAUCGAACAUAUUUCCCUCAAUUUCUUAAUCCAUCUCGGGAAAAAUAAAGAUAUGGGUAACUGUAGGAAGAAAGAAAGGAAAUGAUUGAAUGCUCGACCCUUACACUUAUUGUCUUCUAAAAAUAUUUGUGUAACUUUGACUUAUAAACCGAGUGGUAUGAUAAGUAAUAACAAUUCCAUAAUAUGUUUAUAAAUCCAAAAGUAACUUCGAACUUUCUCCUUGGUCAAUGACAUUCGCAAGCGUGUUAAUAGUUAGUGGUUCAGCGUGAUGUAACUGCUGCACUGUGAAAUUGUGUGGAAAGUGGAAAGGUAAUACUUUCGGUCGUCUAUAACACUAUUAAUUCUUCGUACUGGUAAUAGUUGCAUAGUAAACAACUCAUAAAAAUUAAUUUGAAUGCGCACACUGUUCAUUCUCCAAUAUCAUUCCUGUUUCUUUAUUGUCCGGACUCGAGUUCUAUAAAAAUCUCAAUUGAUACUCGAAGUGACACAAAUAUUAUGUACUGAUAGAACACUUGUAUAACAGGUUUCGAAAUUGUUAUCGCUUAAAAUUGUUAAAAGCAGCAUCCCAACAUUGGUGUUAAACGUUUUAUCGUAACUAGAUAUAGAAUAGUUAUUUUAAUCUUGAUAAUAUUUUAAGCGUAGUGAAGGCAACGAUACAACACUAUAUUUUUGCUUUUUGAGUUUUGCUCAAACUUAAUUCUUGCAACCACUAAAAUCAAAUCAUACCUUUCUUUGCUUAGUGUUGAAAUUUCAUUAAAAUAGUAUCACGUAUUGAAUAACUAUUUUAUUGGGCGCUGUUACUUAAAAUAAUCACUAUUCAAAACAGUUUGGCAGCGAAGUAAUAGUACAUUUUUUGAAACUUAUCUAUGUAAGGUUGCUGAAAAUGAUGAAGGAAUGCUGAUCCUAAUUGUCUGUUAGAUUUCAAUGUGUACUAUUAUAAUUUUAAUUUAUGUUUAAGCAAUUCAAACAGACGCUUUUUAUAAAAUAUAAUAAUCGCGUAAGAUGUUAUAAAUAUAUAAAUCGGAUUUUAUGGGUAUAAAAUUUUGAUUCUGGUACACACGUUUCAUAGUUAUUAAAUAAAUAGAUAAAUGAUGCAAAUUUUAGUGGCGAGAGUAUUAGAAAAUAGAAGCAAUGUAUUAUAUUUCUGAUAUAUUCCAUAGUAUAUUUAUAAAGUAGUUGAUCUACAUACUCAAUUCUAUUGAUGUGUUUUAUUUUUAUUAUUAUAAAUAAAUAAUUAAUAAUGAUUUCGUUGAUGGCAUAAACUUCAGUUCUUGGAUAUUUUGCUAUUGGAAAUAAUUUGUAGAAUAUUGAGUCUUGUCAAAAAAGGAUAAAAAACUUCAGAGUUACUUGAAACACCAAUUUAGUGACGUAAACUUAAUCAAUCACUUUCUUCAUCAGACUUAAUAUUCCUCAAUAAUGCUAUGUAAUCUUUAGAGCUUAUUUUAUUUAUCGUUAAUUUUGUACAUUCCUGUUUUAACUAGAAGUAAUUUUCACGUAGAUUAGGUACACUUUUUUGUACCCAUUUAACAAUCAUAAUAAUUCUGGCAGGCAACCCAGUCUUCAAAUAAAUAGGCAAUAAUUAUUGAACUAUUAUGUAGCUUUGGUGCAAUCGUUUUAUAUAAUUUUGGCCUAUAUUAAAUAUUUAUGAAUAUGAUGUAUAAUAACUUCAGGCCAGUGAGUCCUAGUUGCAUUGGAUGUACUUAGUAUGUAUCACUAUUGUUGUGUAUAUUUUGCUUAAAAAUGUCCAAACAUAGACAAAAGUAAUAUAAAUAAAGAGAUUGCAGAGGA